AAAAAGGAGAGCAAAAAACAUUUUGAAGCAGAGAAAGAGAAAGAUGAGCUUUUCGCUUCCGUCUUCCCUGAACUUCUCGCCGCGAUGAAUGGCGAGAUCCGCAGAAGCAGAGGGUUCCGAGACUGCGCGCAACGCUUAUUCGCCUAUCCUCCUCUCUGUCGUGGUUUUCGAUCUCAGUUUCUCGUCUGAUUUCUUGCGCUCAAAAAUCAGAUCUUGUGGGUUAUGGAACAGAGGAUUUGUCGAGCGGCGCUUGCUCUGGCGCUGGUAGUCUGCAUGUUAUUGAUUUCCACUGCCGCUGCAACAGAAGAAUCUCGCCGUCCUUCUGCCGGCGAUUUGAUCCUUGGCUCGUCGGACCUGUGCUUCCCUAUGGAUUCUCCGGUGGCAGGAACGGUAUUUCAGGGUGUAUUGGAGGGAGAUGAGAUUUCAUUGCAGAGAGCUGUAAGUAUAGUACACAGAAAUAGAGAACAGUACGUGGCUGUGCUCUUCUAUGCUUCUUGGUGCCCUUUCUCGAAGUUAUGCCUACCAAACUUCAAUAAUAUGCCUUCCCUGUUUCCAACCAUUCCACAUUUUGCUUUUGAAGAAUCAGUUAUCAAGCCUAGUGUUCUUUCAAGAUAUGGUGUUCAUGGCUUUCCCACACUCUUUCUCUUGAAUUCUUCUAUAAGAGUUCGAUAUCAAGGACCACGAAGCAUUAGCUACCUCACUGCUUUCUACUCAGAUGUUACUGGUGUUAAGCCUGCACCAGUGGAUCCAACUAUACUCAACAAAUCAGUAAGCUUUGCAAACUUGGCUGAAGACAUUGGAGGGACUAAGCAGGAAAAUUGUCCAUUUUCUUGGGCAAGGUCACCUGAGAAUUUGCUCCAGCAAGAUACAUACCUGGCAUUGGCGAGCUCUUUUGUGCUCCUGAGGCUACUUUACUUCUUCCUUCCAAAGCUGAGUGCCCAUGCAAAGAGAGCAUGGGGGUGGCGCAUUCAGCUUCCAAGCUUGAUAAGCUUGUGCGACUUUUCACAGGCUUUUCUCCAGCAGGCGUUGUAAGGGUUCAAUAGGCUAAAUCCUGGCAAGAAAACAAAGUUACAUGAAGGAGCAAUGAAUGCAAAGCCAUGGGCAUCAAAAUCUGUAGCGUUCAGUAUCAAUUGGUGAUGUAAACUCUGGAAAAACUCUAUCCCUUCAGUAACAGAAGAUCAAAGAAUUUUUAGUGACCAGAAUGCAUGGAUAUUAGUUUAUUAUUCUAUGGAACAUGAAGAGAGAAUUUAUCUUUGUUUUGAAAUACACGUAUGGGUUUUCAUAA